AUGGCCGACGCAAGCCCCGCCAAGUCGACAACGUCGCCCCGACCUCAGCUGACCUCGUCCAUGAGGAGCAGCUCCUUCCUGCGCGAGCACCAGCAGUACCGGCCUCCGCAGCACCCGGAAAGCCGCUUCGGCAUCGACACCGUCGUCGAAGACCUCAGCAACGUCGCCGUCUCCCCGCCAAAGCAGCACAACCACAGCGCCAACCACAAGCACUAUGCGGGCUUCAACGGCAUCCCCUCAGAGGACAACCCGCCCACCAUCCGCAGCGGUCUCAACCACAGCUACUCGCACCCCAACUGCGCGCCCGCGGAGUCCCUCCCGGCCAACUUCGCGCCGACCCAGGACCCCGAGUCCUUCCCCCUCGAGCCCCCGACCCUCGAGCCCGAGAAGCUCGACCACCUGUACGGCUCCCACGUCUCGCCCAUGUGCGUGACCUCGUUCCUGCACCUCAUGUCGACCUUCCCCCUGCCCGCCGGCGAGUCCGACUACAGCUCCUCCCACCGCUGCCUCGACAGCCAGGAAAACCCGCGCGUCGUCGAGCUGACGCUCGACCCGGCCCCCUGCCAGAGCUACCUCAGCCUGACGGACCUGCGGCGGCACGAGCUCAUCUACCGCUUCGAGAGGGAGUGGAGCGUCGACGUCGCGCUGCAGCCCGACACGCUGUGGCGCCGACACCCGCGGCUUGUUGUUUUCGACAUGGACAGCACGCUCAUCACGCAGGAGGUCAUUGACCUCAUGGCCGCGACGCUCAAGGAUCCGCCCGACCUGGGCGCGCGCGUCGCCGAUAUUACGCAUCGCGCCAUGCUCGGCGAGCUCGAAUUCGAAGCUGCGUUCCGCGAGCGCGUGCAGCUCCUGAAGGGUCUUCCGGCCUCCUGCUUCGAGCAGCUGCGGCCCGUUCUGGAUGUCACCAAGGGCGUGCCCCGCCUGAUCAAGGCCCUGAAGCGCCUCGGUGUGAAGACCGCGGUGCUGUCGGGCGGUUUCUUACCCCUGACGAGCUGGUUGGCUGGCGAAUUGGGCAUCGACUAUGCGCACGCCAACGAGGUUGUCAUUGACGAGGCUGGUAAGCUCACUGGGGAGGUCAAGGGUCUCAUUGUGGGCAAGGAGCGGAAGCACGACCUCCUGAUUGAGAUCGCGGCCAAGGGGGGUAUCGACCUGUCGCAGGUCGUUGCCGUGGGCGACGGCGCAAACGAUUUGCUGAUGAUGCGCGCGGCGGGCUUGGGUGUUGCGUGGAACGCUAAGCCGAGGGUGCAGAUGGAGGCUGAUACGAGGCUCAACAGCGAGAGCUUGUUGGACUUGUUGUAUCUCUUUGGGUUCACGGGAGAUGAGAUUGAGCAGCUUGCCUCGUAG